AAAAAGGGUAAAAAGAAGCGUAAACGCUACCCGCUGGGCUACCCGGACCAGUGAGUGGCGCGAGAGGCGGGACUCGAUGACCUCGAGCAGGGGAGGCCACCCAGCGGCCAGGCCAAGUCUGGGGGAUUCUUCCGUCCGGCCGCCAGGGGGCAGUAACGCCAGAUCAUCUGUCUCCCGGAAGGAAUGCGCGAUCAUCCAUCUGUUGCGCCUGCGCGACGGGAGGGGCCGGAGCGCGUUGAUGCGGUUGCCAAGACAACCAAGAGGGUGGCCGGAUUUAACCGUUGGGGAUUAAGCACUUUCACGCUAGGAAGGGAAAAUCUCGCGCACGCGCAACGGGGACUGAAACCUGGUCCCCGCAACCCCCUUCACCGGAGCAGUGGGAGAGCGCGCCACAGAGACACUUACGCAGGCGCAGAAGCCUGUUUCCCCUCACCCGCCGCUUCCACCCUGCGCAGGCGCAAAAAGCCGCGCUGGCAACCUCCGCAGCGGUCGCGCGCACCGUUCACCCCUCUUGCUGCUUUUGUCUCGCGCAACCUUCUCAGGCCCUCCGCGAGGCCGGUCCUUUUUUUCUUUCACUUUCCCCACCCGGAGAGCCAGGUGCUGAGAACCGGGACCUCGUCUCCUUCUCUGUAUCCCUUCCCCUGCCUGACCCACCUCGCCUCCGUCCUCCCUCCCUUUUCCGUUCCCGAAGCCGGAAGGAGCCGAAGCACCCACGAAAAAAGCCGAAGCUGUCCCCGGAGAGUGAGGCCUUCACGAAGCGGUGGCGGAAGGAGCCGAAGUUCUCUGAUCUGCGGAGUGAGCAAGUGGCAUCUCCGGAAAGAGCCGAAACUUGGACUCGAGCUUAAUCCCAGGAGGGGCCCGAGGGCGAGCUCCGGAAAUCUCCGGAAAGAGCCGAAGGCCGGGACGGUUAGGAUUGUCGGAAGUGGCCGAUUGCUUGGACAGGGCUGGCGGAGAAGAUCGGAGGAAAUCCGUGGAAGCAGCCAAAGACUGGGACGGAUUGAAUUGUCGGAAGAACCCGAACUCGCAGAGGGGGCUGGGCGCAGUGGAACACGAGGACACACGGAAACCUCCGAACGUUGAGGAGAUAAUUUUGGAAAAGUUACGGAAACCUGGGAAGUCGGCGAAACCCUACCUUCGGGUGUUUUCGGAAGCAGUCGCAGCUGCCAUCUGCGUCUCCUUCGUCCAGUGUCCGGAAAUAGCCGACGCGCUUCGGAGCCAGGCUCGGGGGGAGGGGCAAGCUCGCGGGCGGG